GACGACGACGAUUCAUACCGCGCCACAACACGCGUCGAAAGCGACUUUCGUUUUUUGUACCCAGAGCGCAACAGCAGACCUUUAGAGACGCGAAUUUACUUUGAGGAGCUCGCUUAUAUUUUAUUUUCUUAAUAAUGCUCACAGCCGGAACUGAAAAGUUUCAUUUAGGUAGCUGUCUUAUGUUAGCUACUUAGUCCGAACAAUAUUGCUCCGCACCCCAUGAACUUUGGAGAAUCAAGAAACCGCGGUCAAAAUGAGAGCUCAAAUUGAGGUUAUACCAUGUAAAAUCUGUGGUGACAAAUCCUCUGGGAUUCACUAUGGCGUUAUUACAUGUGAAGGGUGCAAGGGUUUUUUUCGACGCAGCCAGCAGAACAAUGCCAUGUACUCGUGUUCACGGCAGAGGAACUGCCAGAUCGACCGAACCAACAGGAACCGCUGCCAACACUGCCGCCUGCAGAAGUGCCUGGCACUCGGCAUGAGCCGUGAUGCGGUGAAGUUUGGCCGAAUGUCAAAGAAACAGCGGGACAGCCUGUACGCGGAGGUGCAGCGGCACCAGCAGCUGUCUCAGGAGUGUCUGGCGGGUUUGGGUGGUGGUCUGGCACCACGUGACCGUGAAGAGAUGGAUGAAGACAUCCCGCACAGCCGGCCGUACAGCAGCGGAGGCUCCAGCUCCACCCUCAGCGACCUGGACGACAUCGCCACGCUGCCUGACGGUUUGCUGUUUGACCUGCCGCUCACCCCAGAGGAGGCGGGCGAGUACUGCACUCUGGAGAUGCUCGGGGGCGGUGGCGGGUUUGGGAGUGCUGGAAGUGGAAGUUCGUCCAAUCAGAGCUCUCCAGAGCCCAGCGCUGUAGAUUUGGCGGAAGCAGCAAGGGUGAAGCAUGAGUAUAUUCUGCCUGAAAACAGUCUUUUUACGCACUCUUUCCUGGGAUCUCUACCAGACAACUGCUCUCUACAUGACAUAGAGCGAAUCACUCAAAAUGUCGUGAAGUCUCACUUGGAGACGUGUCAGUACAGCACAGAAGAGCUGAAAAAACUAAUCUGGAACCUCUACACACCUGAAGAAACCCGCAGCUUUCAGCUCAAGUCUGCAGAAUGGAUGUGGCAGCAGUGCGCCCUGCACAUUACAAACGCCAUCCAGUACGUCGUGGAGUUCGCCAAGCGCAUCUCUGGAUUCAUGGACCUCUGCCAGAAUGACCAGAUCAUCCUGCUCAAAGCAGGAUGUCUGGAAAUCCUGCUGAUCCGAAUGUGCCGUGCUUACAACUCUUCAAACAACACAAUGUUUUUUGAUGGCAAGUUCGCCAGUCCUCAGCUCUUCAAAGCUCUCGGGUGUGAUGACCUGGUGAACGCUGUCUUUGAAUUGGCUAAAAGUCUGAGCCGUCUUCAGCUGAGUGAGGAGGAAAUGGCUUUAUUCAGCGCUGCGGUCCUGCUGGCUCCAGAUCGGCCGUGGUUGACUGAGUCUCAGCAGGUGCAGAAGCUCCAGGAGAAGGUUUACGUGGCUCUUCAGCACAGCCUGCACAUGAACAGAGCCACUACUGAGAAACUGGAUAAGAUGGUGUCCAAACUACCGCAGAUGAAGUCCAUCUGUAACCUGCAUAUUGACAAGCUGGAGUUCUUCCGCCUGGUUCACCCAGAAACAGCGUACAGCUUCCCGCCUCUGUACAGGGAAGUGUUUGCCAGUGAGAUCAACUUCCCUGACUCCACCAACAGUUAGAGAGUGGGAAAAAGAGGGAGAUAGUGAGGGAGAGAAUGACAGAGAGUGUGAAGGGGAAAUUACGAGUGUGUUAAGGCAAGAGAUGCCAUGACGUGUAAAAAACAGCAUUUCAAACAAACACAUUUUAAAAACCUCCAGGGAGAAUCCUCAGUCUGUUGCAGCACUAUUAGCAUACAUACACACACACACAUAAUACACUGCAAACACACACUUAACCUGCUGCGCAAAUGCUCAUACACAAACAUAGGGGCCAACAAAAUAUUUCAGAUUCGACAACACACAAAACAUUGGGAUUAUUCGUAUUGGAAUUAUUCCUGGAGUUGCGCUCUCAAAUCCAUUUUUAUUUUAUGGAAACACUCUGAAAUGAUCUUUUAUGUACAGAUGUAUGCUUGCAAAAGCCUUUGUCCCAACUUGUUGAUGUCUAAGCAUGGCACUAUUCCUUCUGCAUCUGUACACAGAUAUAUUUAAAGGAAUUUUUAUAAGAGGUUUUAUAAUUGUAAGAAUUUUACAGGAUCAAACUCUCUUCCACGUGAACAUUCAGGAGAGCACAACACUUUUUAAUGAAGCGACUACAACCUACUAGGUGACCGUCACCCGUUCUUCCCCAACAAAUCACUCUUAAAGCACUAAUAUCACUUUUUUUCCCCUCCCUCCCCUCAUUUUUUCACCCUCAGACGAGUCAUGAAUGUAUCCCAAAAGCACUUAUUUUGAUAUGAGACCGAAUGUACACAAUGCACUUUUGGUCUUGCGUUAUGCUUUAUGAGACUUUAUGACAAUCCAAAAGAAAAAAAAGAAAAAAAAACUGAUGUGCCCAGAUUGUUUAUUAAAAAUGAAGGGACCAAUGUUACAAGUACUACAGGAAAGUUCCACAUUAAAUACAAGUCAAGCUCAUUUAAUCAAUAAUAAAUAAUCAUUUUGAAAUGAAUAUAUUUAGAACAAAUGUUUUCAAAAAUAAUUUUGAAUCAUCUCAGAAAUGCACUUAUAGUGGAAGUCUAUGGGGCAGCUGUACAGUUAUAAAACAGCUGUUCAUAACCUUACAAUUCAUAACUGUAUCUGAUAGCAUCUGAGUUUAACUUGUAUUUAACCUUGAAUAUUCCUUUACAGAUAUUAAACAAACCAGUUUUUAGUCAUCCACCUGGUAAUCAUUAUAAGCGUGCAGUCAUGGCCAAACGUUUGUGAACGCCUUGUUUUGUUACAAUAACGCAACGGCAACGACAAAAUCCUCACUUUAACAGUUAUUUACAUGACCUCAUACCUCAUAUUCAGCAGAAUUUGUCACAUUUAGUACAGUAUUAGACUCUAGUAAACAACUUCUUAUAUGCAAAACAUAUUCAACAGAAUACAAUCUUAUUUAUAAGGGGUUUGCAAAUUAUGGCAUGGCUAUAAAGAAUAGAGUGCAUUAGUGCCCGUCCAAUUUUUCAGCAGUGUUGGUUUUGGAAGUAUUUUUACCUAGUAAUUUUUUUCCCCAUAGCGAUUU